CACACUCAUCAUCAUCUCGUCCUACACGGCGAACCUGGCUGCUUUCCUCACUGUGGAGAGGAUGGAGUCGCCCAUUGACUCUGCUGACGACUUAGCCAAGCAGACGAAGAUAGAAUACGGGGUGGUAGAGGAUGGAUCCACCAUGACCUUUUUCAAGAAAACCAAGAUCUCCACGUAUGAUAAGAUGUGGGAGUUCAUGAGCAGUCGGAAGCACUCAGUAAUGGUGAAGAACAUCGACGAAGGCAUUCACCGGGUGCUCACCUCUGACUAUGCAUUCCUCAUGGAAUCCACCACCAUAGAGUUUGUCACCCAGCGCAACUGCAACCUCACCCAGAUUGGAGGCCUCAUUGACUCCAAAGCCUAUGGGGUCGGAACCCCGAUGGGCUCCCCGUACCGAGAUAAGAUCACCAUUGCCAUCCUACAGCUUCAGGAGGAAGGGAAGCUGCACAUGAUGAAGGAGAAGUGGUGGAGAGGAAAUGGCUGUCCAGAGGAGGACAGUAAGGAAGCCAGCGCCCUCGGGGUGCAGAAUAUCGGAGGGAUCUUCAUCAUCCUUGCUGCAGGACUGGUCCUCUCCGUGUUCGUGGCCGUGGGAGAGUUCCUCUACAAGUCCAAACAGAAUGCACAACUGGAAAAGGCCCAAUGGCGACAACGAGAUAAGAAACAGGUCCUUUUGCAAUGCCAUGGUGGACGAACUGCGGGUUUCCCUCAAGUGCCAGCGCCGGCUCAAACACAAGCCCCAGCCGCCUGUCAUAGUGAAAACGGAGGAGGUCAUCAACAUGCACACCUUCAACGACCGCAGACUGCCAGGGAAAGAGACCAUGGCCUAAAACGGGAAUCACAAUUACAUUAUUAUCACCCUCUCUCCUGCAGAGAGGAAGCGUGCAGAGACACUGGGGAAAAGGGUGGGGGUAAAUGGUAAAGGGAGGAAGUGGCUUGUAAUGUUGACAGUUGGGUUAUUUCAAAAGCUAGCACAAAGGUGCUUCAGAGUAUAUUGACAAAAUGUAAUUCUUGUUUCUGUAUAAUUAGCUCGGUUUAAGUAAUUCAACAAUAUUUCCUGUGGAAAUAACUUGAACCUGUGUGAAAUUUCGGAGAGUUACCUCAGUAUGUUCCAUAUGUUCAUAUCAUGUUGGCAAGGCAUCCAACAGCUGGAGCAAGAUUUUUAAAACCCAGGAGUCAAGGAGAGAGAAUUUGAAACAUAUUUAAGGUGUGUGACAGGAAGGCCCAUAAAAGAUAAAGAAAUCCAACUAGAAUCAGACCCAUGAUUCUAUAAUGCUGCUUUCCAGUCUUUCACGGGAACAGCUAUAAACAGGUUGCUAUAAACAGGUCUUUAUUCAGUUGUGAAUAAAGUGACUGCAUAGGCUCGGAUCCUUCUCGGAUCAAAGCCCUGAAGACAAAAGCGAGCUGAUGCUGUCAAAAUGUAUUGAAUGACAUCAAAACAAAUAUACUGUAUAUCAUCCAUCAGGCAAUAAGUGAUAUAAUUUAUUUGUGUUUCAGAGUACUAUCACUUUUAGUCUAGAAGGGGUAGGGAUGGGGGGUGGGGGGUUUGUGUGGUGUAGUACAAGCAGAAAAGAGAGCAGGGCAAUAUAACAGCUAAGAGUUAUGACUCUUAAUGUUAAUUAGGAGGAACUUGGUAUGCCUUGGGCACAAUUCACUAAGUCUAAAUUUAUAGCAAUCACACCACAACACACAAACUAUUUAUUCAAAAUAAUUCUUAUUUAAUUUAUCAAACUCUAUAUAUUAUCUCAACGGCCUGGAUUUUCACUUCUGCCGUCAAAACACCUCACUUCAAAUCUGUAUUGAUACACACAACGUUUCAUUCUAUUUUUUGUGUCAAGUUUCAUUUUCUUACUUUUCUUUCCUUCUUUGGCAGAAAACUUCAAUAUUUACUUGUGCAAAAUGCAAUUUCUAUGAAAAAGUGUUUUUGUACGAAGAGAAUCAAUACUUUGUAAUAAUUUGUAUUAACACAAAAUGCACCAUGAGGAGUGUCAACCAUGGCAAAGAGGUGGUACUCCAGGCCCGUAGUUCAGGCGGCUUUCCGACACACACAGUCACACAUGCACACACAAUAUUGCACAGUGCACACAUCCUCUGUGGAUCAGAUUCAGACCAAUAAGUACUUUUAUGGUACAAUUAAUAAAACUGGUGGCAAGCAUCAGUGACGUCAUAAAGAGAUGAAAAGAAAUAGAAAGUAUUUUUUAUCAUGUAAAGGAAUCACAAUUAAAGAAAGAUAUUUUUACUUCACAUGAAAGAAGAUUAAUAAUACUGGUUAGAGCAGAUCUGUAAUGUACACACACAGGAAGAGAAGAAGACUGCUGAUGAUGCCUAUCAUUAUACCCCGAUUACUGACAGACUGCUAGAGUCCAGUGCUGAGCAAAUGUGUGUUAAUGGUUUCAAAAUGGGGAAAGAUGUAUUAAAAAAAUAUAUACUUAACUAAUUUUAAACUUGUUGUGAAACAAAAUGGAGUGCACACAGUUUACCCUUCAAAGUUGAUGCACAAGUUUAAGGAUAAUAAAAAAGCGUUCACAACUUUUA